AUGCUGCCUCAAACUCCGGCCGCGCCGUCGAAAAAUGCCCUGCGAGUUCUACGACAGCUGGCAUUAGCUGGCUCAACACUUGGGAGCGUGUGUGCGGUCGCUGUACUCACUUAUGAUACCAAUCGACGUGUCGGAGUCGCGCAGCAAAUUCUCCAGAACAAACGGGCCUUCCAAACCUCCGCUCCCUAUUACGAUGCGACCUCUACCGCGCGACAGUUGUCUCGGAUUCUAGAAGCUGCCGAAGCUGGGAGACUUGAUGGCUUUGAGUUCUUGCACGAUGGAAGCCAGAAUAAGAGUCGCCAAUCGCCCGAGGCCGUCACCACCGACAGUACUGGCACCGAAAAAACCGAAAAUGGCACCGAGAGCGCUUCACAAAGCAGUCAGGACCGUUCGGCAGAGCUUGGUAGGGAUAGUGCAGUCAAUAAUACAUUGAAUGAAGUCAAGUCUUGGCUAAAGCAACGGCCAAUCGAUUUGCCUACGCUCAACUGGCCCGGACCCAACGGUUCUGCGCCAACUGGGGAAGCGGGCGAUAACCGGCGCCUGCAAUCACAAGGUCUUGAAAACGUCCAUGCACUCUUUGAGCGUGGGAAAACCAUCGAGGCGGCGGAAAUACUUCUUGAAAAACACUUGCUAAAGGGGCGAGAGCCGGACCCCUAUGUGAGGAGCCUCGGAAUUACUCUCUUCUACUCCAAUUGCCGCGACAAAAACGUAUUUAUAGCAAGACAGCUGUUCAGGCGUCUGGAUAUGAUGGAUGCCGUAUCGCCGCGCAUGUGGGAAGUGCUGAUCCUCGCCUUGGCAAAAUCGGGCUACACAGAAUCCGCCGCACGACUCUACUUGGAUCACUGCGAUAAGAUGGAACUGUCUAGCUUCCUUGAAGAGGUUGUGUUGCGAUGCUUGUUGGAGUCACAAAGAUUAGGACAAGCAUCACGUUUGAUGUAUAGGUGUGUCCGGAAUGAUCGCAACUGCGGGUUGAGCGGCCUUUUCUUGAGCACCCUCUGGAAGAAGACGAGGAGUAUCGAUGGUCUCACUCAGCAAUUCGAAAAGUUGAUGAUGCUUUUACCCCGGUUUGGAAAACAACCCACUGAAAAGCUUUUCAACCCCAUGAUUCGAGCCUACAUCCAAUUCGGUCGGUUCGCAGACGCACAAGCCUUGGCAGAAGACAUGGAGAAAGUCUAUCACAUCCCAUUGAGCUGUCGAACAAAGGGUCUGUUGCUGUAUGCGUCCGCACUGAACUGCAACUGGACCGAUGUCGAAAAUGGCCUCCAAGAGAUGCAUACUCUGGGGCUGACAUCCGACACCUCCAACUUUGGGCGAAUAUUUGACAGCAUAUUCUUGGAAUACUGGCCUACUCAUGAUUUCGAGGAUAUUUUGACCUUCUUUGUCAACGCGGUAGAAAAGUACAAUCUCGUUCCCGAUCGUGUCCUCUUUAAACACGUUGUCCAGGCCUUUGUGGAAAAGGGUGGUCCGCAACAGAUUGAAAAACUACUUGGGCUCGCGAUUCAUUAUAAGUGGGACAUUGAAUUUGAUGAAAACAGUUUUAUGAAGAUGCUACAACAUCAACGGCACGCUCUCCAACAUAGCCCGGUUGGCUUCUGGCAAAUGCUCAAUGCAGCGAGAAUAAAGCACGGCCAGGCAGCAUUCUCCCGGCAGAUUCUGGGACAUGACCAACGCUCAGUUCCUCACCCGUUGGUGAAUCAGAUUCCCCAUAAAGACAGCCAUCCGAACUGGUAUCGUAGAAUUGUGGACGAAACUCCGACAGAAAGACCUAUCGACCAAUUCAUGUUUCUUGACAAGCAGAUGGCUCAAAGUCUGCAUACCGGUAAUACGAACUUGGCUUUGGACGCAUUUCAUAGAGCUCACAAGGCGGGCUAUGUUUUCAAAGUAUUCCACGUCGAGCUAGCGGCUAUUGCGACUCUCGUGGAAGAAAGGGGCCUCGCCGGAGCUCAGAAGUUGGUCAAAGACCAUUGGGAAACUAGGCGUCCGGUCGUUCCCAAGUUCUUUUCCCAACUUGAAGAGUGUGACCCCUCGAUUUCAGAGGUUGAGAUCUACAAAAUGGCUCUUUUCCGCUUCUACAAUAUCUGCUGGGAAGAACCAUCUUUACAACUGAAACACCACUUUAUGAACUCUUUAGUUUCCAGGAUGCUUCGUCGCGAUGAGGUUUCAGAUGCACUAGACAUAAUGCUUACAACCUACCAGUCGCGAUGGGCACGCCAGUUGCAAUUCAACGGCACCUGCAUGAAGCUGCUCAUCCGACUAUUCGCGAUCCUCGGGAACCUCAAGGGGGUGCGGUGGUGCAUCUUGACAGCCAUAUCGCGAGAGUCAGCCUGCAAUGACGCUUUUAUGGCUGAGAUGCGGCGAUCCAUCGCCCGCCUGCGCAUCCGGAUCAAGCAAGGAUUCCGUGAACAGUACCUAAAGCGGAGAUUGUUCCACGACCACCUUGACGUUCUCGCCGAUAUCCUCGAGAAGAAAGUGAAAGGUGACCCCCAACUAGCAUCGCUCCAGACCAAGAAUAUACGGAAGAGAUUCGACAGUACUUUCCAACCACAGCUACACAAGUGGCAAGAUACUGACGUGGAGAGUAUCCAACGGAUCGUGGAGGACUGGGAUGAGGAGCUCGAGAUGGACAAUCUCCUCAAACCCCCGGGUGUCGCGCUCGGGAAAAAGGCUAAGGGGCAGUGGGAUGAGAGGAAUGUCGUCCAAGAGGGAGACGAGUAUUAUGUCGACUAA